AUGGGACUUGGAAAGACUAUCGAAGUUAUUGGUCUAAUAUUAAGUCAUCAACGAGAUAAAGGACUUCCACCGAUUGUUGAUGAUGUGGCUAAAGAAAUUGAUGAUGUGAAAAUAGUUGUUGGUGAGCUUAUCUCUACAGUUGUGGCUGCUACCGAUGGAUAUUUGGCAUUACAAGAUAAAAUAAAUUCGAGAUAUCGUCGAAUGUUCUGUUAUGAUAAUUUGGAAUUAAUGAGUCCAAAAAAAUCGAAAGGUAAAAAUAGCAUAUUGAAACCGCUGACUGUAGUUUGUACGACAUGUUCCACGACUUGUUCUCAGGAACGAGUUUACUGGGAUCGAUUUCCUUCACAUGAUAUUCCUUUCUUAUGUCCGGAAUGUAUUCAUGAUAAGGAUAAAUUAUAUCCAGUGAAAGGUACGCUUAUUAUUGCACCAUCAACAAUUUGUCAUCAGUGGUAUGAAGAGUUGAAACGACAUAUUCGUGACGAUAUUAAAAUUGAUAUGUAUCGAGGACUAGUUAAUGACGGUUAUAAGCAUCCAGAAUAUCUGGCAACUCAGGAUGUUGUUAUCUGCUCUUUUGAAACACUCCGACAAGAAGUAUAUUUUGUAGAAGCUAGGCCAAGACUGGAUUCUUUACGAUAUGGCAAACGACAUCGGAUCGCUCCUACUCCAUUAUUAGCUAUAGAAUGGUGGCGUGUUUGUAUUGAUGAGGCGCAAAUGGUAGAAAGUACAUCAAGUUCAGUAGUAUUAAUGUGUGAUGGUCUUAAAGCAGUAAAUCGUUGGUGCAUUACGGGUACACCGGUCACAAAUUCAUUGCAAGAUUUAUAUGGUCUUGUGCGAUUUUUACGAAUAAAACCAUUUUGGAAUGAAUGUUGGUGGCGUAAUGCAUUAAUGCUACCGUAUCAGUGUGGUGAUGAAAAACCAAUUUGCGAUUUAUUUUCUAAAAUAAUGUGGAGAAAUACGAAAAAAUUUGUUUAUGAUCAGAUGCUUUCACCGUCGAUAAGUAGUAAUUUAACCGUUUUGCGAUUUACACCUGUUGAGGAGCAGUUUUAUCGUGCAACUUUAUCGAAUUGUCGCUUAAAAGUUCGUUACAUGCCUUAUUUGCAUAAUUUGAAUACACCAAUUUCAUCACUUCAUGGGAAAGAUUUUGAGAAAUUAUUGGAACCUUUGCAAAUGAUUCGGAAAUUUAUCGUUUUCCCUAGUCUUCGUUUCCAGGAAUCAAAAGCAAAUGUUAGUACGGAAGAUAGUUUGCAAGAGGAAUUGUUUCGAAUCUCAACACAGCAAGUUGAAGUUCAUCAGCGAAAUAUAUUAAUGCAUUAUUGUGGUUUGGCUGGAUUAGAAUGGCUUUGUGGAAACGAGGCUAAUGCUGCGAAAUAUUAUAGUAGUGCGAUCAAUGCAAUGAAGGAACUUGAUCAAAUGAAUAACAAACUUGGAUUGAAAGGAUCAAGAUGCGCUUAUAGACUGUUGAGAUCGGAUAGGUUACAACAAAUUCAUAUAUUUUCUGCUAUAUUGGAUUUGCAAAAAGAUGGCAUUGAGGUACGAGAUGUUAGUGCAGAAGAAGCUGAAGCUCAGUUGAAUUUGGCUUUAACGGGUUAUACUGAACAAACGGUAUCAAAUUUGAUGCAAACUUAUGUUACUGCUAACGAAUCUUUCCCAAAAUACAAGGCUAUUCUAUCACAAGCAAAAUCAAGUAUUGGAUGGUUAUGUGAAGCAAUCAAUUUAGUGAAUAAUGUUGGACAGCAGCAUCUUUUCAUUGAUGCUAUUCGAACAGCGAUCACGAACAGUGGGCUGCCAAAUGUUCCUGUAUCAAAUUUAUUGGGUUUAAAUUUUUAUGUGGUAAAACGAUGGGAUGAACUAAUUGACUGCGCCCAGAAGGUAUUUUCGGAAACAAAAAAAAUUGCGAUGAAUAAUAUUAUGGAGAAGAAAUGGAAUUUCAUCUUAGAAACGAUUAUUGCAUGUCAUUUUUCAUCUAAUGAUGGCAAAUCAUUAAAGAAUUGUUUACUAUGUAUUUGUAAUAAGCAAAUCAGUCAAUUGGAAUCCCUUCUCUUCAUGAGAGGUUCAAAAACUUCCAAAGAUCAAGAUAGUGAUGAAGCAGGUACAGCUGGAGAGCAGAAAAUUUCAAGUCUUGAAAUAAUUAUUCGAACAUUCUUGGGAACACUUAUCCGAAUGCAAAAAGGUGUGCAAUGUAAUCAGAUUGCACUGGGCAAAGAAACAAUUGCGCAAUUGGAGGAAUUCAAAAUUUUGUUGGCGCUCUCAAAGCGCCUCUAUGCUUCAGCCAAUGAAUACGCUGCUAAAAUUGAUGAGAUUCGUCAGUGUAAACUUCGCCUACAAUAUGCAACAAUGGAUGAAAUAGCAAAAUAUGGCACACGUUUGCCUAUUAAUUUAAUUAUUAAAGGGACAGAAGAUGAUAAGCGUCAAACCGAUUUGAAUGCAAUAGAAUUGGAAAAAUUGAAGCAAUCACGUUGUUUAGCAAAAUUACGUUAUUUAUCAAAUUUGCGUUCUCAACAAACGCAUGAUUGUCCAAUAUGUUUAACAACUGUAAGAGAUACAUGGAUUGUUUAUCCUUGUGCUCAUUGUUUAUGUGUGACAUGUUUUAAUCGACUUACUAGACGAAAUGGAACGAUUCUCAGGAAUGAUGGAUUACUGGCAUGUGUCGUAUGUCGAGCAACAACUUACAUAAGUCAAAUUUCAUAUGUGCAAAAUAAGGCAUUUGAAAAAAGCGCUCAUUUGUUAGAUGAACCAAAUGUACAAUUGAAAAGAAGUGUUUCUGUUAAGAUUGAUGCUAUAAUACGACGUAUUAAAUCAAUUCGCUUACGUGAUCCAACAUCAAAAACCUUACUGUUUACAUCUCUUUCAAUGCUUAUCAAUCCACUUUGUUCGGUGUUAUCUGAAAAUAACAUAAUUUUUCGAAAUUUCUUGGGAGUAAAUCGACAAAAAAUUCUCGCUGAUUUUCGAUUGAAACCUGAAAUUGAACUGCUUGUUAUGCCGAUGAGUUCGGGCGCACGUGGUUUAAAUCUUACUGCUGCUAAUAAUAUAAUAUUUUUGGAACCACAAAUGGAUAUUUCUCAAAUUGCCCAAGCAAUAGGUCGAAUUGAUCGAAUUGGUCAAAAAAAGACAAUGAUGGUACAUCAUUUUGUAGUUUAUGGUUCCAUUGAGGAACAAAUUCAUUACAAGUAUUCUAAAAAUCAAGAUAAAGAUUGGACUGUACAGAGUAUUGUGCAUCUUCUCGGUUUAGUAAGUAACAGUGAAGAAUUAAUGUGUGAUGAAUAA